GCUUUUUAGCACCGCAAAGCCUCGUGGGAAGGUUACCAACGUCCUUGUCUGACCAAGCUCGCAUCAACGCAAGGCUCGGAGGGACUCUGUCAGUCACUUGUACUUGAACAAAAUCAUUUUUUUCCAAAAUGAUGGCAGCAAGAUUUCUCCGUCGUUCCCUCCCGGUGCUGAGGCAAACUCGCUGCUACGCCGACGCCGCCUCCGGUGCGCAGCAGAUGUCCUUCACUUUCGCCUCUCCGACACAGGUGUUUUUCAAGGAGGCCAACGUGAAGCAGGUCGACGUGCCCACACUUACCGGUAUGUUUGGUAUACUCGCCGCCCACGUGCCCACCUUGCAGGUGCUUCGGCCUGGCGUCGUCACAGUCUUCAAUGACGAUGGCUCAGCAGCUAAAUAUUUCGUGAGCAGUGGGUCGGUAACAGUCAACGCUGAUUCUUCAGUGCAGCUGCUAGCCGAGGAGGCUGUACCGCUGGACCAGCUGGACGUUGCUGCUGCCAAGGCAAACCUGGAGAAGGCCCAGGCAGAGCUGGUUGGUGUGUCCGAUGAAGCUGCGAGGGCAGAAGUUCUGAUCAGCAUAGACGCCAAUGAGGCAAUUGUCAAGGCGUUGGAGUAGAUCUGCGGUCAUCUGAACUCUUAUUUUAGUGGAAAUCCCUUUCCGGCAUCUCCAGCUGUCACACCUGUGUCCAGUGGAUUACAUGCUUGCUUUGUACAGUGGAAAAAAAUCACAAAAAUAAAUUUAUUUGGAAUUA